AUUUUAGUUCGGAGUAUCUGACCGAUUGAAUCACGUCGGUGACCCAUAAAAGCCCCCAACAAACCGACCCGACCCGAACCAUUAAACCGUUGCUCUCCUAUAAAUUACCAAAAGGAAAACGCCUCUGCAUCACUGUUUCGGCUUCUCUUGUUUCUCUCAGUGUCCAACCCCCUAAUCGAGUUCGCGAUGGCAUUUCCUUACUUGGAAGCAGUUAUUGGUUUCAUGAUAUUAAUGUACAUAUUUGAGUCAUACCUUGAUGUUCGGCAGCAUGCGGCUCACAAAUUGCCAACACUUCCCAAACCUUUGGUGGGAGUUAUCAGCCAGGAAAAGUUUGAGAAGUCCCGUUCUUAUAGUCUGGACAAAAGUUACUUCCAUUUUGUCCACGAGUUUGUUACCAUAGUAAUGGACUCUUCCAUCUUGUACUUCCGGAUAUUGCCCUGGUUUUGGAAGAGAUCUGGAGAAUUUUUGCUAUACCUUGGUCUCAAUGCAGAGAAUGAAAUAUUUCACACGCUUUCAUUUUUAGCAGGAGUUAUGGUUUGGUCACAGAUCACUGAUUUGCCAUUUUCCUUGUAUUCAACCUUUGUGAUUGAGGCCCGCCAUGGGUUCAACAAGCAAACAAUGUGGUUGUUCUUCAGGGACAUGAUAAAAGGAAUUGCUUUAGCUAUUGUGAUUGGUCCUCCCAUUGUGGCUGCCAUCAUUGUUAUCGUACAGAAAGGAGGUCCUUACUUGGCAAUUUACUUAUGGGGAUUUAUGUUGAUUCUGUCUCUUGUUAUGAUGACCAUCUACCCAGUACUAAUUGCUCCACUUUUCAACAAGUUCACUCAGCUUCCACAGGGAGAGCUUAGGUUGAAGAUUGAGAAUCUUGCAUCCUCACUCAAAUUUCCCUUAAAGAAAUUGUUUGUUGUUGAUGGGUCCACGAGGUCAAGCCAUAGCAAUGCAUACAUGUAUGGAUUCUUCAAGAACAAGCGCAUUGUCCUCUAUGAUACACUAAUCCAGCAGUGCAAGAACGAUGAGGAAAUAGUUGCUGUUAUCGCGCAUGAGCUUGGUCACUGGAAACUUAAUCAUACAAUGUACUCCUUCAUCGCUGUCCAGAUUCUCACGUUCUUGCAGUUUGGAGGAUACACUCUUGUUAGGAAUUCAAAGGAUUUGUUUCAGAGUUUCGGGUUUGAUACACAACCAGUUCUCAUUGGACUCAUCAUAUUUCAGCACACUGUGAUACCUCUCCAGCACCUUGUGAGCUUUGGCCUUAAUCUUGUUAGCCGUGCCUUUGAGUUCCAGGCUGAUGCAUUUGCAAAGAAAUUGGGUUAUGCUGAACCUCUUCGAGCUGGUCUUGUGAAACUGCAGGAAGAGAACUUGUCAGCUAUGAACACAGAUCCUUGGUAUUCAGCCUAUCAUUAUUCUCACCCUCCCCUAGUUGAAAGAUUGGCUGCCAUUGAUGCAUCUGAUAAGAAGACGGAGUGACACAUCCAUUGGAGUUCACCGUUGGAUGUAGAGCUCCUUCUAAACUGUACACAGCGCCUCUGCAAGCACAACUAUUAUAUACUUGCACUGUCAUUGUAUGUUGAUAUUAUUCACGUCACAUUCACAAUGUAGGGCUUAGUUUAGAAUGAUGUUUGAGAGGUUGCAAGAAGAGUGAUUAUGUCAUCCAUGUCGUUCGCAGUUAAGUCGAGAGCUUUAAUUGCUGCUAAUCACGCGGUGGCAAUUCUAGCUCUUCUGAAAGAAUUCAGGUAGCUCAUACUUGUAGCGCAAAUAGCAAUUUCACUUGGUGCAGCAGUUAACGGUGGGGCAUAUUUCUGUUUUGGCAA